AUGAUCAAGAAUGGAAAUAUUCUUGUUCUCUUUGUUGCUAUCUUAACCUUAAAUAUUAUACACAACACAACCUCUGAAUGGAUUACUCAUGGAAGGGACAUAACCAAUAGAAGAUAUGCAGAGGGAGAGCGACUGAUCAACCCAAAAACGGUGUCGCAGAUGCUGAAAUUAAAAUGGAAAUUCGCCGCCGGUUUCGAUAUUACGGCGACGCCGGCCGUCGCCGAUGGGGUGGUGUAUUUUCCGUCAUGGAAUGGGAAUUUGUAUGCAGUGAAUGCAAGCACAGGAGAACUUGUUUGGGAACAAAAUCUUGGAGAGUUAACGGGCUUGCAGCCGACGGCGUCAAGUGAGAGGAACCUGAAUGUCACUGUCUCGAGAUCUACUCCGGCGGUGGCCGGAAAAUAUUUGGUCCUCGGGAUUUAUGGCCCUGCCGUGAUGAUUGCCGUGAAACGCUCCACGGGAGAGCUUGUGUGGGCAUCUCAGCUUGACCCUCGCCCUCUGGCCGUUAUUACUGCCUCAGCAACUUGCGUCGACGUCCCUGCAGGGGUAUGUUAUGUGGGAGUAUCAUCGCUGGAAGUAGUUCUACCGGCCGGAGAAUGCUGCACUUUCCGGGGGAGCUUAGUGAAGGUAGACAUCAAAAGAGGUAAAAUUCUAUGGCAAACGUAUACACUACCAGAUAAUUGUGGAAAGGUGGGAGGCUACUCUGGCGCCGCCAUCUGGGGAAGCAGCCCCGCCGUGGAUAAGCGUAGGGGUUGGGUUUAUGUCGGCACCGGAAACUUGUACAACGCUCCGGAGGAGGUUCUGCGGUGUCAGGCGGCACAGAAUAAUCGAACGGGCCCUCCGACAGGGCCGGACCAAUGUUUCGGGCCAGAUGCUCACUUCAAUUCCAUCAUGGCUUUGAAGAUGAGGACAGGAGAGAUUGUUUGGGCUAGGCAGCUAGGGGGCUAUGAUGUUUCCUAUUUUGCAUGUUUGGUUCCUAACAACCCGGAUUGUCCGCCCGGCCCGAACAUGGAAGCUGAUUUUGGUGAGGCUCCAAUGUUGGUUACCAUAUGGGAGAAGAAAAGGUUUAGAGAUGUUGUGGUGGCAGUGCAGAAAAGUGGGUUUGCUUGGGCUCUUGAUCGUGAUAAUGGUGAUAUUGUUUGGUUUAAGAAAGCUGGACCGGGAAGCAUUGAAGGGGGCGGGUCAUGGGGUGCCGCCACCGACGGGAGGUCUCGAAUAUACACAAACAUAGUCAACGGCGAUAGGCUUCCAUUCAGACUGGCACCGACAAAUCAAACAACAACCGCCGGUGGGUGGGUGGCUUUGGAUGCUAGCACAGGCCGGAUUAUUUGGACCACCGCAAAUCCUAGCAACGAAACGGCUCCCGGCCCGGUCACAUUAGCCAACGAAGUUCUUUUCGCCGCUUCGCCGACUCCUAAUGGCCCUAUUUACGCAAUCCACGCCGCCACCGGGAAAAUAAUGUGGUCAUUUAACACCGGAGCCACCAUCUACGGCGGUGCAUCAGUGAGCGACGGUUGCGUUUAUAUUGGCCAUGGAUAUUCGGUUGGCCUUCUUAAGUCAUUCCACCCUACUUGGACCAAUGGAAAGUAUCUCUUUGUCUUCUGCAUUAGAUGAAGGCUUUAAAAUUUUAAGCAAUAUGUAAUCUAUAAUUCU